AUGCCACCCAAAUUACCCUUGCGAAGCAUCACACCAUCUUGUCUUCAACCAUCUCCACUUGGAAGUGCUAUCAGUAUCUUCGCGACGCCUGUCCGCAAGCCUACAUUGAGCAGACCGGCCCGUGUAGAAGGACCUGUCACGGCAGCUCCAUGCCGACUCCUUAUUCUCAACAACCACUUCAGCACCAGCAGUGCCGCCAUGUCUCAGAACAACAACAACAACAAUGCCGACUUCAAGCUUGAGAAGCUCUUCGACGUCAAGGGCAAAGUGGCACUCAUCACGGGAGGUGGCUCGGGCAUCGGACUGAUGGCCACUCAAGCGCUGGCCACGAACGGCGCCAAAGUCUACAUCGUUGGCCGGACGGAAGAGAAGCUCCAGCGCGUGGCCGACGUGUACGGCAAAGACAUCCCCGGCGAGAUCAUCCCACUGACGGCCGACGUGUCCAAGAAGGACGAGAUCAAGCGGCUCGUGUCGGAGGUCUCGUCGCGCGAAAAGUUCCUCUCCAUCCUGUUCAACAACGCCGGCAUCUCGCUCAACACGCAGCAGACGGAGGCGAAGUCGGCCGAGGAAAUGUCGGCGAACCUCUUCGACGACCCCGACGAGACGUUCGAGAUGUGGACCGACACGUACCGCACCAACGUGCCGCAGCAGUUCUUCAUGACGACGGCGUUCCUGCCGCUGCUCAACGCCGCGCACCGGCACCACGACAACUUCUCCGGCGUCGUCAUCAACAACUCGAGCAUCUCCGGCAUCGUCAAGACCAGCCAGCACCACUACGCCUACAACGCGAGCAAGGCGGCAUCGAUCCAUUUGACGACCAUGCUGGCCAACGAGAUUGUCCAGAACGGCCUCAGGGUGCGCGUCAACAGCGUCGCCCCGGGCGUGUUCCCCAGCGAGAUGACGGCCGGCGAGAGCGACGAGAAGCAGAAGUCCCACAUCCCCAGGGAGAAGUACGAGAGCAAGGUCCCCGCCGCGAGGCCCGGUGAGGACAGGGACAUGGCGAACGCCAUUCUGUUCCUCGCCACAAACCAGUACCUGAACGGCCAGACCGUUCCAGUCGACGGGGGAUAUAUCCUCAGCGCUGGAAGUGGGCCGUAG